AUGGCUACCAUCCGGGUGGAGGAGCGGCUACCAUCCGGUGAGAUGGCUAAAUAUCCGGUGAGAUGGCUACCAUCCGGUGAAAUGGCUACUUUCAUCCG